AUGUUGAUAUUUCAAAUAAUGGUUGAAUUACCAGAAGAAGUACAAUCAUCAAAUAUUGCUAAAUUCAGUAAAGAUUCAAAAUCAUUACUUUUAGCUAAAAAUAGUGAUGAAAUUUAUCAACUCAAUUUAGAAUCAAAUCAAGUUACUAUAGUUUAUAAAAAAGAUCAAAAUGAAGAUCAAGAUAAAAAUAAAAUUAAAAAUAUUGUAUUAAUGAAAGUUGAUAAUAAUAAUUUAGCAGUUAUCGAUUCAAUGAAUCAAGUUUUAAUAUAUAAAAUUAAUAACAAAAACAAUGAAUUACCAAUUAAAUUACCAAAUUUAAAUUCAAUUCCAAUUGAAUUAUUCUUUUCAACUUCAUCAUCAUCAUCAUUAUAUAUUGGUACAAUUGAUUCAAUUUUAUUAUUUGAUACAAAAUCUUUAAAAAUCAAAUCAUCAAAAAAAUUACAAGGUAAUAAUAAAUCUGUUAAAUUCAUUACUGAAAAUCCAAAUAACUCUAAUGAAUUACUCAUUUGGACUCAAAAUGAACAAUUUAAAGUAAAUAAAGAUUUAUCAAAUGAACAACAAUUAACAAAAGCUGGUUCUUCAUUCACUGAAGUUAUUUUUGCCUCUCAAUCUGGUAAUCAAGGUGAUCUCGUUUUAUUAGAUUUAUCUUUUAUUGAUAAAGUAUUACCAAAACUUCCAGAAGCUAUUAAAUUAAAGAAAUUUGGUGGUAGUAAUUAA